GAAUCAAUGGAAAUUGGUAAACUGUCAUCGCUGUCACUUCUGAGCAAAACACCGAUUUUUCGUAAAAAUUUCAAGUUUUUCAAAGAUUUAAACUUUUUAAUAAACGUUAUGGCCGAAGCCGCAGUAGAAGAACGACCCUUGGCACGAUUCUACUGCCACAUGUGCGAUGUCGAGUUCCAAAGUGUGGCCUCUAAUUGCAUAUGCCCACACUGUGCAGAUGGGUUCAUAGAAGAGCUUCAAGACACUGACGAUCAACAAUCGAGGGCAAGAGAUUUCUCAUCUAAUAGUACAUGGGACGAUGAAGAUAUGGAAGAAUUAUUGCUUGCUGAUCGUUUAAUGGACAAUAGAACUGAGAAUGGAGGUCCUUCAGAAGGAAGAGGCUCGUUUCAUCCACUAUCUGCUAAUCUACGACAUUCUUUGCCCAUAGAGCAUCUAGUACAUGAUUUUAUUAUAAAUUUGGGUGUGGGGGUGAAUUGGGGUGGCCAAGGCAAUGUGCAGUUCUUUCUAGGCAAUCCAGGAGAUUAUGCAUGGGGCAGAGAAGGCCUCGAUGCGAUAGUCACUCAGUUAUUGAAUCAAAUGGACAGUACAGGCCCUCCACCAUUAUCAAAGGCUGUUAUAGACGCUCUGCAAGUUGUUGAAGUGACCGAUGAACAAGUUGGACAAAACAUGCAGUGCUCUGUAUGCUGGGAGCAUUUUCAAUUAAAGGAACAAGUUAGACAAUUGCCGUGCACUCAUAUAUACCACGAGAACUGCAUAAGACCUUGGCUGGAGCUUCAUGGAACCUGCCCGAUAUGCAGGCAAAACUUGGGCGGUGAUGGAGAGGGAUCUAGUCAGAAUGAAUUCAACCAAGCCAGAGAAGAUAUUGCAAACAUUGAUGCUAGAGGACAAGUUGCCAGCGUACAAAACGUACUCAGAUCGUUGUUCGGAUCGCCCUCGGCUGCGCCCUCUAGUAGCAACCAAAUGGACCAAUCCGGUUCGAGCAGUAGUAGAACGCAAAACGGUGAUUCAACGAUGUAGCUUAGAUUUUAGGAUAUUACGGUGAUGCAUAUGAGAUAUUAAUGUAUAUAGCAUGCGGUCGGAAAGAAUCGGCGUCACAGUGGCCUUUGAAAUGAAAAUCUGUAGGAAUUUCUGUUGAGCCGAGGUCUACAGGGUGUCCCAGGCUAAGCGUGCAUUAGUGCAUUUUAAAUUUCUAGAGAACUGCAAUAUUUAGAUCGGAGAUUUUAUGCACUUUACGGUUCCACAACGUGAUCUAUCGAUUAAAAAUAUUUUCAAUAUGGCGGCACUUCCGGAAAUACCGG